GUAUAUUAAUGAUCGGCAUACUUGUAACAUACAUAUUUGUGUAAAUGAAAUGUAACUACACCUAGCUAACUACACAUAUGUUUCUACUUAAAGGAUGUCGGGAACUGGUGAUGUUGGACAAGAUGCACAAACAAAGACUUCUGAGGAAGGUGACAAAGAAAAUCUAGUAAUGAACGGUGUUGAUAAAGAUGAUGAUCAAUCAAAUUCUAAUGAAUUAUCUCAGGAUGGAAGCAAAAAUGAGCCCCAGAAAACGCUUAAAGAUGAAAGCCAAAUACGUAGUAAUAGUGAUGGAAAUCCAGUUUUAGGUGACAAUUUAGAUCCAGCUGUCAAGGAAGAGACCUCAAGAACUAACUGUAAUCAUGAACAUUCACAAGAACAAAAUGAAACUGAUAAAACAGAAGAGGGUAAUUCUAGUGAAAACAAAACAGAGACUGAGGAAAAAGAAGAAUUUAUGGAUAUUCUUGGGAAUGGAACACUUCUAAAAAAGGUGGUAGAAAAAGGGUCCGGUAACAGACCACAAAUGGGAGAAGAAGUAAUCAUAAAAUAUGUGCCAGAAAUUCCGGAACUUGAAACAGUGUUACCAGAGGAACAUCUAGAGUUUGUGUUAGGAGAUGGGGACGUUGUACAAGCCUUGGAUCUUGCUGUAGCACUGAUGAAUGUAGGAGAGACAGCUAUUAUAAUAUCAGGAUACAAAUAUAUGUAUGGAGAAUUAGGCCUACAGCCUGAUAUACCUCCUCGGAGUAACUUUAAGUUAACUGUAGAAUUAUUAACAAACAAAGGACCUUUAGAUUAUCCAGCAAUGGACUUCGGAACUAGAUUUUCAUUAGCAAAGAAGAAGAAAGAUCGAGGAAAUUAUUUACUUGUCAAAAGGAAAGAGUAUUUCCCAGCAUUGAAUUCCUAUACAAAAGCUAGUAAGAUUGUAGACCCAACAUUAGGAUGUGUAUUUAACAAUGUAUCCCCGGAGAAACUUCAAGAAUUAUUAGAAUUCCGAGCCAUUGUUCACUGUAAUGCAAGUCUUGCUAAUUUCAAGUUGGAGUCAUUUGAUGCGGCAGAAAAGUCUGCACAGGAAGCGUGUUUACUGUGGCCAUCAUAUAGCAAGGCUCAUUGGAGACUCGCACAGGCCCAGGAAAAGCUAGGAAAGUUAGAAGAGACGAUAAAAAACUACAAACUGGCCCUUAAGUUUGACACAAACAAUACAAAUAGCAAACUAUUUCAUGGGGAGUUAGAGAGAUUGACAAAGAUUUUAAAGAAGAGCAAGGCAUCUGAGAAAGAAAUGUAUUCAAAAAUGUUUUGGGGGUCUAACCCACCUAAUAUGGAUAAUAAACCAAUAUUAAAACGAAAAGAAGAAUCAUUG